UGACCAAGUGAGAGGGAAAGGAGCAUGGAGAUUGCUCAUAGCACUGCUCAAUAGCCAGUACUACCACAGGACAUCUCAAGUGGAUAUUUGUGGAUGCUUCACUUCCCCACAUUACCAGGAUUACCCACGAGGGGCGACACAACAGGUGCGAGAUGAGAUCCAAAAGCAGUGAGGUGGCACACUCCACCAAUGGGGUGCUUGGGGUCCCACAGGGUGACCAUGACAUCAGCCAAGGGCAGGAUGUGUGUAUUGCUGUGAAGAACAUGAAGGCCAAAGUUCAGCAGCAGGAGGGUGAAGAUAACAUGGAGGUGAUAUUUGACAAAGAGCAGACAUUGAUGGACUCAAAGACUGGAGAAAAAGAAGGAGCUGUCAUGAACCUGUCCAGAGAGGAUCUGCUCCAACUGCUGGGGAUCAUGGAAGGAGAGAUUCAGGCAAGAGAAGAUGUUAUCAACAUGCUAAAGUCCAAGCAAACCCCUCAAGUGACUGUUGUAUCAGCAGACAGCUCUGCAGCAGGUUGCUCGGCUUUCCAGGCCCUACAGAGGGACGGCCUCAUCGCCGGCACCCCACCACACACCCACAGUGUGUACCAAAAGCCGAUGAUCGAGCUGGAGCGCCUGCAGGAGAAGCACAGGGAGACCUACAGGCGGAUGCUGGGCCAGUUGCUGCUCGCUGAAAAGUGCCACCGUCGGACUGUCCACGAGCUGGACAGCGAGAAGCGCAAACACGUCGAUUACAUGAACAAGAGUGACGACUUUACCAAUCUGCUAGAGCAAGAGAGAGAAAGACUAAAGAGGCUGCUUGACAAUGAAAAAGCCUACCAGGUGAAAAAGGAGAAGGAGCAUUCUAAACGUCUGGCCAAGGUGCAGGAGGAGCUAGUCAAACUGAAAUCCUUUGCCCUAAUGUUGGUCAAUGAGCGCCAACAACACCUGGAGCAAAUGGACCAACAGACUCAUCGGGUCCAGGAACUAAGCCAGCAGCUUCAGCAGCAGAGGAAGAUACUGAGUGAAACCAGGACGCACGCUCAGGAAGAUGCUCACCGGGUUCUGAGCUUAGAGGCUGAGCUUAAAGAGAAAACUGUCACACUCGCUCAGCAGCAUGAAGAGAUGAGCACUAAACUUGCCAGUCAGGAGCUCCUCAACCGUCAACUCAAUUCAAAAAUUCUAGGGCUUUUGCGUACAGUGGAUGAGAUAGAGGAAAGCAACAAGGCCUUGAGGAAAUCUGAAGAGGAACUGCAGGAGAUGGAGGACAAAACAGGCAAAGGAGAACAUGCAAACUCUAAUUUAAUUACAGAGCUAGAGAAUUUAAGGAAGCGUGUGCUGGAGAUGGAAGGAAACGACGAGGAGAUCACCCGAACUGAAAAUCAGUGCAAGGAGCUCAGGAAGAAGCUACAUGAGGAGAAUAACAAAAGUAAAGAACUUCGGAUAGAGGUGGAGAAACUUCAGAAAAGAAUGAUAGAGUUAGAGAAACUUGAAGGUUCCUUUAACAUAAACAAGAAAGAGUCUGCUCAGUUAUACGCUGCUUUAGAAAAAGAGAAGGGCCAUACCAAAGAGCUCGCUGAGGAAGUUGUGAUGCUUAAGAUCCGAAUGAAAGAGCUCGAAUCCUCUGAACUCAAGUUAGAAAAGUCUGAGCUUAACCUGAAGGAUGACUUAGGUAAGCUUAAAUCAUUGACUGUAGCUUUAAUGGAGGAACGAAAGACUUUGGUGGAAAGAAUCACAUCCGAUGAAAAGAAAAAGGAGGAUUUAAGUAAGAUGGUCAAAGAUGAGCAGAGUAAGGUUAUGGCGGUGACAGAGAAAUUGAUAGAAGAAAGCAAAAAACUCUUAAAGUUUAAAUCAGAAAUGGAAACCAAAGUCGAUACUAUGACGAUAGAAAAGAGGGACCUCAACACCAAGUUGGCAAAUGAAACAGAUAAAACAAAGGAUCUUCUUUCAAAGGUUAGCCAAAUGAAAAAGAGGUUGGAUGGGUUGGAGCAAGCAGAGAGAUUGUCUGCAAAAAAAACUGUGAAAUUUGAGCAAGGAAGAGCACCUGAUGCUGGAAAAAGAGAAGAUAACAAAAUUAAAGAGCUAACCUUUGAGAUUGAGCACCUCAGAAAUCGCCUCAAACAGCUCGAAGUGGUUGAGGGAGAUCUGAUCAAAACAGAGGAUCAGUAUGACAUUUUGGAGAAAAGGUUCAUAACAGAACAAGAUAAAGCCACCAUACUUACCCAGCAAGUGGAGGCCAUGAGGAGUCAGAUAGCACGGAACAAAGCGAUUGAGAAAGGAGAGGAGGACAGCCAGGAGGAAGACCUACGACAACGAUACAAGAGAGAGGAGGCCAAAACCAGAGAGAUACAGGCGGAUGUUGUAGCUCUAAAGGAAAAGAUACAUGAAUUGAUGCACAAAGAGGACCAGCUUUCUCAACUGCAAGUAGAUUACUCAGUCCUACAGCAGAGGUUCUUUGAAGAGGAAGAGAAAGCCAAGAGCAUGGGCACUGAGGUUCUCCAUCUGAACAAAGAACUGGAGAUAGCAAAGCGUCACAGUCGUGCACUAAGGCCCAGUUUGAAUGGGAGGAGGAUGGUGGACAUUGCUGUCACAUCCACUGGAGUACAGACAGAAGCAUUGUCCAAUGGGCCAACAGAGGAAGAUACUCCUGCUGGUUUUAUAAGGAAAUCCGUUCAAGAAGAGAAUAACAUCAUGAACAAUUUAAGGCAGAAAAGCCUGAAGAAGCCAACUGAAAAGACUGGUGGCAUUGAACGUUCCCCUUCGUCAGGAAGCGAUCUCAGUAUUAAGAAAUCCUGGAUUCCUUGGAUGAGGAAGAAAGAUAACAACUCUCAUGAAACCAGUCUGGAAAAAACACAUAUCAGUGGAGCUCCCAACCUGACUAUGGCCCACAAGCAAGGGCAGCCUUUACAUAUCCGAUUGACACCGGACCACCAAAACAAUAUGGCCACGCUUGAGAUCAGUAGCACCACUGCUGACGAUAUUUUCUCAACAUCAGCUCCACUAAAUGCCAAUCCAUCACACCCUAAAUCCAGAAUUACAAUCAUUCCAACACACUCUGCUGCAAUUCGGGGAAGGUUCACCAAUGGACAUCAGGGUCCAGAAAGGACCAAAUCUCCAGUCACCAUCACAACUAUUUCCAGAGCCAAGUCUCCUGACUGCAGCCAAACUUCCUCCUCUACCUCAGGAAGGCCCAUGUCUCCUGUCACAAUCAUGACAGUUAGCACCUCGGCAGUGCCUGACGCCUCUUCUUCCCCAGAACCCCAAGAGAUGACAAUGGGCCGGGCUGUAUUCAAGGUUACCCCUGAAAAGCAGAUGGUCCCAGUGCCUAUAAGAAAGGGUCACAAUAACACAAACAUUAUUACCACCACUGACGAUAACAAGAUCCAUAUUCAUCUAGGUAAUAGUCUGACCCCAAAGAUGGUAGUCAGGCCAGUUUCUGCUGUAACUGAGAGCAAGGAAGUGACCCUGUCGACAGGGACAGUGUUGCGCUCCCCUCGCCAAAUUACCACUACCCGGACCACACAGAACAAAGUGAUGAGCACCCUUACCAUUUCCCCUGUUGCAUCAAACACUACCAGAUCAACACAAAGCAUGUGUGGGCAUGAUUCCCAGGGCCCUCGUACGGGGCUGACCCGCAUCCCAAUGUCCAAGAGCCUGAAAACAGGGAAGACGGUGCUUGGUUCCUUGGGCAUAUCGAGUGGAGUGAAGGCAGAGUCGCGUGCAGAAAGUCAAUCUAUGAGGAUAGAAGUUAAGAAAUCAGUCGUAAAUGGCAUAACUUAUCAAAAUGGAGGAAAAGGCUGAUUAACAAAUCAAAAUACUCUCUGGUGCUAAAGAGACAAUAACACAUUCAAAACACAACAACAGUCAAGUGAGUGAUUAGUGAUUAUAUUUGAUCUAAAACACUCUAUUUAUGUAAACCCUACUUUACUGUACUUCUCUGUCACAUAUCCUUCUUUCAUUGCUAAAAUGUAUGGAGGGGAAAAGGUCAAACCACUCUGCUACUAAUUGUUUAUUGUGCCACAUAUAAUGAGAAAAACUUCAAAUGUAUCUAGUUUAAGUUAAUGUAAUUUGCAUUUUAAUUGUAUGUAAAUCAUUUGUUACGAAACAUAUUUUGAAUAAAAAUUAUUUUAAAGUGAUCAUGUUCAUUGGAAGAAGAAAAAAGCACACAUCUAUUGUUUGUCUUUUCUGCAUGGAUUCAUCUUUGCAAGUAGAAUCAAG